GCCCCACCUAUUACUUUUUUCUGCAACCUUCUCUGUAUCUUGUAAUUGGUUCUAGCUUUUGCCAGUUUCUUCCAGACAUGAAGGGGUUGAUGGUUAUGAACGAGGCCACUGAUAUUGCCUUCUAUUCGGUUGACUCUCAGCUCCGGGCACACCUGCACAGGAGAAUGGAAAUACUGGAAAACUCAAUUGGACAAAGAGAAGAAGAGGAAGAUUUGAGAGGAUUACUGACUACCUUCUUUGCUCCUCUCACCACAUCCUUUAACGUGCUCACCUCAAUGAAGAAACCUCUCUUCUCCAUUACUGCUGACGAUAACUUUUUAAUUGUUUUUAAAAAAUUCGGUGAACAUGUCUUUGUGGCUGUCAAUGGCGACGGUUCUGAGUCUGAAGACUUUCUUGUUCGUAAACUUCAUGUUUUCAACAGAAUCAUUGGACUAUUGUAUGGACCAGUACUGGGAAGGUACAUAUGAC